CGAUCGAGCCCCCAGCGAUCAGACAGACAGCGAGCGCUUCAUCACAUGGAACAGCUGUGAAGGUGCACGCGGGGACUGCGGACGAUUCAAAAAACUUUGUCUGUGGGGGGGAUUCAGGUCGCGGACGCUUGUGCUAAAAGAUUCUACGCUCAACCAGAGGGACAAGGCCAGCGUCUUGUUUGAAAUAUGAGAUCUAGCCUGAUGAUAGUCGCUCUCCUUUGCUUUGUUGCAUGGAUGAGCUUGACCCAUGCAAGCACUCAUGGACGUGUGUCAAACUGUUGUGAGCAAUGGUCAAAUACCAGAGGCAUCCCCCUUAAUAGGAUUAGGCACUACACCAAUCAGUCGGAGGGCAUCUGUCCCAUCAAAGCUGUAGUGUUUCACACAAAAAUGGGAAAAAGGAUCUGUUCUGACCCUAGCGACAGCUGGGCUAUAAAGACUAUUUCCAUGCUGGAACGGAGAAGCGCAUCAAAACUGCAGGGAAACAAAGCAGAAGAAUCAACGAGCACCAUCACAACAAGAGCGACCGCGUCACCCUUGUCAGAAAGGAUUUCGACCAAGCCCGAACAAACGACCCUGACAUCACCUGGCUCGGACCCCGACAGCACCUGGACAACCGCCGCCGCCGCAAAGACGGACAAGGAGCCACAAAUGUUGCACAUGAAGGGAAACAAUGAAGCGACCCUGUCCUCCACAUCCACGAGCAGACCGAAGAAGAAGGGCAGGCGUCCAGGGAGGCGGCUGAGGAAGGGCAGGAGUGGGAGAAAGUGGAUGAAGAAGAAAGUUCACGUAGUUUGCGAACAUUCUGUGUCUUUGGACUGAAAUGUAUUAUAUUUAAUUAACAGAACCCCAACAGAAACCUGAGCAAACUUGUCUGUCAAAACCUUCAUUAUAUAUUUGCAAUAUAUAUUUAUAUGUCUGCCACAGCUUGUGUCUCAAAGUAUAAUAUUCGCAUCUCUUUAAGUUGUCAAUAAAUCUCUAUGAGCAAAUAAUG